AUGAUUAUAGAAGCCGCCCAUUCCUCAAAACUGGGAGAUAAAAUGGUGACGGGGGAGUUUGGGCGCGGCAGGAGGGAAUUGCAGCGGCUGCUGAUCCAGGACCACACUUCCACCAGGAUCUCGUCCAAGGCCAUAAGUGUCAUGAAUUCCUCCGUUGUUCACAUUUUCGAGCGCAUCACCUCCGAGCCCUUGCACCUCAUUCACUACAACCAGCGCCACACCAUCUCGGCCAGGGAGAUCCAGAUCACCGUCCACUUCAUGCUGCCAGGGGAAUUGGCCAAAUUCGCCAUCUCCGAGGGCACUAAAGCAGUCACCAAUACACCAACUCCGCUUCGAUCGAUCAUUCUAAAGAGUAUAAACUCUCCGCCUGAUGCUCAGUGGCUUCUCCAGUAUUGA